AUGGAAAUUUUUCAAAGACGCAAGUCCCAUCUUGGAUUUUUGUUUAUUUUUACAACAACAGCGUCAACAAACCUUCUUGACGGGGAAGAAAUAGAAAUCAUGUCGGCUAUAGUAUCGAAGGCUGCACAAUUGGCAGAUAGCAUAAUUUCCAAGUCCAACGAGCUCGUCUCCAAGUCGGUUUACUGGUCGAAAGUCAGCUGGGAAACAACAAAGAUUGUCGCUCAGAAGGAAGGGUUGAAUCCGCCAACGGCGAAGCAGUUUGAGACCGCGUACAAGAACGCAUGGAAAUACCUCACUGACGCCAAGGACCAACAGAAGUUGUUGCAGGAGGCCAAGUCGUUCAAACUAGACACCAAGUCCGCCGUGCAGUUGGGUGUGUACGGUAUCCAGAUUGCUGGGUUUUUCACUGUUGGUGAAGUUAUUGGAAGGAGAAGAAUUUUCGGUUACCCUGCCUUGGACACUCACCAUCAUUAA